UCAGGUCAAACACUGGAGUCUCCCGGGUUCAGCCGACCAGUCGCAGUGUGAGGCUGCACAGGGCGGAGUGAUGGAGUCACAUCGAGCUCUGGCGUUCUUCUUACUGUUUUCGGCGACUCUGGCCUCCUGCUGUGAUGGCGGCAAAGUGCUGGUGUACCCCGUGGACGGGAGCCACUGGCUGAACAUGAAAAUCCUGGUGGAGGCGCUGCAUUCUCAGGGCCAUCAAAUCACUGUGCUGCGCUCCACCACCAGCUGGUACGUCGCCGAGCUCUCCCCCCACUACAGCUCCAUCACCGUCCACCAGGAGCAGGCCCAGAACCUGGAGAGCCAGUCCUUCAUGACCUCCUUCCUGAAGAGGUCGCUCGACAUCCGCCGGCAGCAGGGCUCUCCGUGGGCGUUCGUGGAGUUUUACAGGAACCUUUUCGAAAUGAUCGGGGAGAACCAGCACACUGUGGCCAAUCUGGUCGUCAGCAUCUUCGAGAAUAAGACGCUGAUGCAGGAACUGAAGGAAACUGGUUACGACCUCUGUCUGACGGACCCGGCGUUUCCCGCCGGCGUGCUGGUGGCACAUCACCUCCAGCUUCCCCUGGUUUUGAACGUGCGCUGGCUUUUCAAUGGCGAGGCUCACUUUGCCGUCGCUCCUUCUCCUUUGUCCUACGUCCCCCAGUUGUUUACUCACAGCUCAGACUCGAUGGACCUUUUUCAAAGAACCCAGAAUAUAAUCUAUCACAGCAUACUGGUGUACAUGUACCACUACGUCUCGAAUCCACCUUACCAGGCCGUGUGCGAUAAAUAUUUCGGAAAAGACGUCAACGUCAUGUCUCUCAUCCAGGGAGCAGAUAUGUGGCUCAUGCGAGUGGACUUCACGUUCGAGUUCCCCCGGCCCACCAUGCCCAACGUGGUCUACAUCGGCGGCUUCCAGGGAAAAGCUCCCAAGCCUCUUCCCACGGAUUUGGAAGAAUUCGUGCAGAGCUCGGGUGAACACGGGGUGGUGGUCAUGACCCUGGGGACCCUGCUGAACGACCUCGGCCCCGAGAUAUCGGAGAUCAUCGCCUCAGCGUUCGCCAACCUCCCGCAGAAAGUGGUGUGGAGACACACCGGGAAGAGGCCGGUGACCCUGGGGAACAACACCAUGCUGGUGCAGUGGCUGCCUCAAAACGACAUAUUAGGUCACGCUAAGACCAAAGUGUUCGUCACGCACGGCGGCACCAACGGUAUCUACGAGGCCAUCUACCAAGGCGUCCCCAUCCUGGGCAUCCCCCUCAUCUUCGACCAGUACGACAACAUGGUGCGUCUGAGGGCACGGGGGGUCGCUGAGAUCGUUGAGGUGACGACGAUGGAUGUGGAGUCUCUGACGAGUACCCUGAGGAACAUCCUGGACCCGGAGCAGCCGUACAAACAGAACAUGGUCAAACUGUCCCAGCUCCACCGCGACAAACCGAUGAAGCCCUUAGACAGCGCCGUCUUCUGGAUGGAGUUCGUCAUGAGGCACGGGGGGGCCGCUCACCUGCGCACAGAGUCUUACAAGCUGCCUUGGUAUUCCUACUAUUGUGUAGAUGUGAUGGCAGUGUUGGCGGCGUUCGUCCUGAUGGUCACUGCAUCGGUCUGGGUUUCCUGUAGAUGUCUCAUCAGACGCUUCAUAUGGACCAAGACGUCCUCAUCCAAGUCCAAGAGGGAAUAGAGGAGGGGUUUGUUUUGUGAGGUCACCUUGACCCUUAGACCUAUAACCACCAAAAUCGAAUGAGUUCAACCGUGAAUCCAAGAAUAAUUCCUUCUCGUUCAUGGGAAUGGGACGAAUGGGACGAAUGGGACGAAUGGGACAAAUGGGAAGAAUGGGACGGACAACCUGAAAACAUAUACCUCCGGCCUCUGGCUAUUGCCGGCGUGGAGGCUUGAUAGUUUGUGGUGCCAGACGGGAGAAUGUCGUUCACCUGUGAUGGUUCAGACUUUGGUUUUAGAUUGUCGUUUCUGUAGAAGUUGCUUAGUCAUCCGUUUGCUUGAUUUAUUAUUUAAUUUGAAUUUAAUUAUGUCUAUCAAUUGCAAAUGUCCUGAGUUUUGUCUUGUGAUAGUGAGUUUUGUUGUCCUGUCCGGUGCCCAACUACCAUUUCUGCUGAUAAAAUGAGCCGUCACCGAGGAGAGAAGAAACCAACACGGUGCAGUUUAUUGGUUUCCUCUGUGGUUUAUAUCUGAGCAGUCACACUAACUGUAGUUAUGAGUUCACCCAGUUCUCUGAGCCAGUAUCUUCAGGUUUUUCUCUCUCAAAAUAAAGCUGCUUUAACCCUCA